AACCGCAGGCGCGCCUCACCAGAAGAGCUCCUCGCAAUCCCCACACCCUCUCGAUCAGACGCAGUGCUGGUUCAGAGGUGCGAGCGAGGAAAAGGGACAGAGAGAUCUGUCUGUUGAUUGUUGCAUUUUUUGGUCAUACUCUCGAAGUCGCAUUCGUGCGCAACUUCAAACGCCAUGGCGAACAAACAGGGCAAGAUGCAAAACCUCAUUAACUACCGGAUGCGAGUCACCCUCAACGAUGGCCGACAGAUGACCGGUCAGAUGCUUGCUUUCGACAAGCACAUGAACCUCGUCCUUGCCGAUACCGAAGAAUUCCGUCGUGUGAAGAGGAAAUCCAAGCCGGCUGCUGGCCCUGCGAAUGCCCCCUUGGUGGAGGCCGAGGAAAAGAGAACCCUCGGACUUACAAUUGUGCGCGGUACUCAGGUCGUUUCUUGCUCGGUUGACGGGCCUCCUCCCGCCGAUCCCUCCGCUCGAUUGGGAACCGCCGGCCCCGGUGCUGCGGCUGCAGCAGCCACCCUUGCGGCUGGUCCUGGAAUCAGCAAGCCUGCUGGCCGUGGUCUGCCAGUUGGGCUUGGAGGCCCUGCAGCGGGUGUUGGAGGACCCCCGCCUCCGCCUGGCGGAUUCGGAGGUUUCCCUCCUGGCGGCUUCCCUGGAGCACCUCCGGGCUUUGGUGGUCGCGGAGGCGCACCUGGUGGACCUGGUGGACCUCCUGGAUUUGCUCCGCCUCCAGGUUUCGCACCCCAGGGUGGACCUCCUGGUGGCUUCCAGCCCCCACCAGGCUUCCAGCCUCCUGGGCAAGGCCGCGGAUAUCCUCCCCCCGGAUUUGGAGGAAGAUGAUGGAGCAUAUGACGCUCAAAGAAAGAGACAACACGAUUCUAUCCAUAAUUCUACCUACAGAGGGAUGCAUAGGCGAUUUAAGACUCCCUCUCAUUAUACAAGCCAACAAACAAAUGGGGUAGAACAAAACGCAAAAUCUACCUAGCAAUGGCGUUGCGGCGCGUGCGGAUGGCGGUCAAGUCCUCCAAGAGACAUCACAAUGGUAUUUGAAAACCGAAAGAAUAGCAAUAGAUACCACAUUACCAUAAUUACUAGCAAACCCAU